CCCAAAUUCCAAAUAAUAAAGUUGCGGUUUUUCACUUAUCUCUACCGCAGAAGCUAAAACCCAAACUCCCCACCACCCCCCACUCCGCCUUACACCCACUCUACUCUCUUCAACUUCGCUAAUUUCGCCCAAUUUUCAAACCCUUUUUUUUACUUCCCUAAUUCCCCACCACUACCAAUUUCUCCGUUUCCGAUUCCGUCGCUUUAAAAUGGAGAAUCUUAACUUAGCCCUUGUUUCUUCCCCUAAACCUUUGCUUCUGGGACAUUCUUCUUCAAGAAACGUUUUCACUAGAAGAAAGCCUUUCACUUUUGGGAAGUUCUUUGUUUCUGCCAAUUCUUCAUCCUCUCAUGUGACCAGGGCUGCUCCUAAAUCUCACCAAAAUCCUAAAUCUGUGCAGGGGAAGCUGAUAGUGCAUAAUUUUGCUAGCAUUUCUUCUUCAAAUAGUCAAGAAACCACAUCAGUUGGAGUUAGCCCCCAGUUAUCACCACCUCCAUCUUCGACUGUAGGGUCACCGCUCUUUUGGAUUGGUGUUGGAGUUGGGUUUUCUGCACUAUUUUCAAUUGUAGCAUCAAGAUUAAAGAAAUAUGCAAUGCAACAAGCUUUCAAGACCAUGAUGGGCCAGAUGAAUACACAAAAUAAUCCAUUUGACAGUGCUGCCUUUUCCCCUGGAUCUCCUUUCCCCUUUCCAAUGCCUUCAUCAUCAGGGCCUGCUGCACCUGCUAGUUCUGCUGGUACUCAAUCUCAAUCAACUUCUGCACGAACUGCAUCUCAGUCCACUGUAACAGUAGACAUACCUGCAACAAAAGUAGAAGCAGCCCCAUCAACCAAUGCUAAAGAUGAAGUGGAAGUAAAGAAUGAACCUAAAAAAAUUGGUUUUGUAGAUGUUUCUCCAGAAGAAAGUGUACAGAAGAGUCCUUUUGAAAGCUUUAAAGAUGUUGAUGAAUCAAGUUCAUUCAAGGAAGCCCGGGCUCCAGCAGAAGCUUUUCAAAAUGGAGCUCCCUCUAACCAAGGCUUUGGCAAUUCACCAGGUUCUCAAUCUGGCGGAAAAUCAGUCUUAUCAGUGGAAGCUUUAGAGAAAAUGAUGGAGGACCCAACAGUGCAGAAGAUGGUUUAUCCCUAUUUACCUGAGGAGAUGAGGAACCCUUCUACCUUCAAAUGGAUGCUGCAGAAUCCUCAGUACCGUCAACAACUUGAAGAAAUGCUAAACAACAUGGGUGGAAGCACUGAAUGGGACAGUCGAAUGAUGGACACCUUAAAAAAUUUUGACCUCAAUAGUCCCGAUGUUAAACAACAAUUCGAUCAAAUCGGGCUUUCUCCAGAAGAAGUCAUUUCAAAGAUUAUGGCCAAUCCUGAAGUUGCAAUGGCAUUUCAAAAUCCUAGAGUUCAAGCAGCUAUUAUGGAUUGUUCAUCAAAUCCACUGAAUAUUGCCAAAUAUCAAAAUGAUAAGGAGGUCAUGGACGUCUUCAAUAAAAUAUCUGAACUCUUCCCCGGAGUGUCAGGCCCCCCUUGAUUCAUUUGUUUGUCAGUCAAGUUUAGAUAUUCGCGAAGUUAUUCAUGCCUUUCCUGAUGAGCAACGAAAAGUAGCUAGUUGUGUCUUGCCUUAAGGAACUGUGCAAAACUCUUCUGCUCAUGACUGUAUACUGCAGACUCGUUACAGCUCCAUUGUGACAUACGGAUAAUAAUAACUGUGGCUUGGUCUAAAUUGUUGCCAUAGUUGGAUUUUUGUUUUGCCAAAAUAGUUGAGAUUGUAUAUUGAUAUUUAAAUUUUAUUUUCGAGGCACUGCAUCUUAGUGUAGUUUUUUUUAUUUUCUUGUGCGAGUUCCUAGAUUUGGCUAAUUCAGACUUCUAAGUACCUGGAAAACAAAUGAAGUGAACGCUUCACAUAAUCGUUUAUAAGCUUA